AUCUAAUAUUUGUUUUUCAGAUAUCUCUCAAACCUUCUCCCAAAUAUACAUUUUCUAAAAUUGAUGUUUGACGUUUAACCAACAUCAGUUGAAGAAACUUUCAACGAUGUUUGACAUAUAACAAAAUUAAUUCAUGUUGCUGUCGAAGGACAGAAAAAAUAAGAAGAUACGUAAUAAAGAGCUAGAGGUCCAUUGUGGUACCAGGACGGCCACAUAAAAUAUAAUUGGCAAGACACACUAGCUAGCCUAUUUAUAUUAUACCAAUUAUUUGCCGAAAGGAGUGACUAUAAUAAUAAGUGCAUAUAUGUCACAAACUUACAAGGACGAUAUUAUAGUUGUAACUGAACCACUCUUUCAUGUGGCCUUAAUACAUUUUCUCACCUAUUUAACACAAAUAUUUAUUGCUUAUAAAUUCCUAUUCAGUUGCAGUUAACAAUAGCAAGAAUCAUCAAUGGCAGAAAAGAAAUCUAAUUGUAGUGAAGAUGGAAGGUGGACUCUUCAAGGGAAAACUGCCCUUGUUACUGGAGGCACUAAAGGCAUAGGGCAUGCCAUAGUAGAAGAAUUGGCUGGAUUUGGUGCUACAGUUUAUACAUGUUGUCGAAACCAAGAGCAGCUUGAUCAGUGUUUAGAGAAAUGGAGAGGCAAAGGUUACAAAGUAGAAGGAUGUGUAUGUGACUUAACUUUGAGACCGCAAAGGGAGAUGCUAAUGGAGAAAGUUAUCAAAUAUUUUGAGGGAAAGCUCAAUAUUCUUAUAAAUAAUGCAGGUAUGCUGAUAGUUAAGCCAGCUACAGAGUUUACUGAGGAGGAUUUCUCCAUUCUUAUGAAAACCAAUUUUGAAGCUUCUUACCACAUCUCCCAACUUGCACAUCCCAUUUUGAAGGAGUCGGGAAAUGGAAGCAUUGUAUUUAUCUCAUCUGUUGCUGGGAUUGUGGCAUUGCCAAUAAAUUCCAUGUAUUCAUCAACUAAAGGAGCAAUGAAUCAACUUACAAGGAACUUGGCUUACGAGUGGGCUAAAGAUAACAUACGAGUCAAUGCAGUUGCACCAUGGAUUAUCGAUACACCACUCAUCAAAGCAGCGGCGGAAGAUCCAUUGACUAAAGAAUAUAUUGAAAGAAGUAUUAAUAGAACACCAAUCAACAGAGCCGGAGAACCAAAAGAAGUUUCAGCAAUGGUGGCAUUCCUUUGCUUUCCUGCUGCUUCCUAUAUUACUGGCCAAGUUAUUUGUGUUGAUGGCGGACUCACAAUUAAUGGUUCUUUUUAACUAUUCUUUGUGUUGAACACUUAUGUAAUUGAUUGAUAUGCAAGAUUAACUUCUUUUUAAUUUGUUUGAUGAAAUCAGGAAUGUUCAAUGUUUAACUAUUUAAAAUUGAAAAGAUUUUGCUA